AUGCUGAAAUCUACUACUGCAAGAUCGAUAACAAGACUAUGUCAACUUUACAACGUUCCAGCCGUCGCAUAUAGGACUAGUUUGACAGAUAAGAGGUUUUAUUCUCCUCCUGCAGCAGGUGUAAAAUUGGACGACAAUUUUUCAUUGGAGACCCACACUGAUAUUCAGGCUGCUGCAAAGGCACAAGCAAGUGCCCGUGCCAGUGCAUCAGGGACCACUCCUGAUGCUGUUGUAGCUUCUGGUAGCACCGCGAUGAGUCAUGCCUAUCAAGAAAAUACUGGAUUUGGGACUCGUCCUAUAUAUCUUGACAUGCAAGCAACUACUCCAACAGACCCAAGAGUUUUGGACACCAUGCUGAAGUUUUAUACGGGACUUUAUGGUAAUCCUCAUUCUAAUACUCAUUCUUACGGUUGGGAAACAAACACUGCUGUGGAAAAUGCUAGAACGCACGUGGCCAGAAUGAUUAAUGCCGAUCCAAAGGAAAUAAUAUUCACCUCUGGGGCGACCGAAUCUAAUAACAUGGUUCUUAAGGGUGUUCCAAGAUUUUAUAAGAAAACGAAGAAACACAUCAUUACCACUAGGACGGAACACAAGUGUGUUUUAGAAGCUGCAAGAGCUAUGAUGAAGGAAGGUUUUGAAGUCACUUUUCUAAAUGUGAAUGAUCAAGGCCUCAUUGAUUUGAAGGAAUUGGAAAAUGCCAUCAGACCAGAUACUUGUCUUGUCUCUGUGAUGGCAGUGAAUAAUGAAAUUGGUGUUAUUCAGCCUAUAAAGGAAAUAGGUGCCCUUUGUAAAAAGAAUAAAAUCUACUUUCACACAGAUGCCGCACAGGCUUAUGGUAAGAUUCACAUGGAUGUCAAUGAAAUGAAUAUAGAUUUACUGUCAAUUUCAUCUCACAAAAUUUACGGUCCAAAGGGUAUUGGUGCCAUCUAUGUGAGAAGAAGACCAAGAGUUAGAUUAGAACCGCUACUAUCCGGUGGUGGCCAAGAAAGAGGUUUAAGAUCAGGUACUUUAGCACCUCCACUGGUGGCGGGGUUCGGUGAAGCUGCAAGAUUAAUGAAGAAAGAAUUUGACAACGAUCAAGAUCACAUCAAAAGACUAUCUGACAAACUAGUCAAAGGUCUAUUAUCUGCUGAACAUACCACGUUGAAUGGAUCUCCAGAUCAUCGUUAUCCGGGUUGUAUUAACGUCUCUUUCGCGUAUGUGGAAGGUGAAUCUUUAUUGAUGGCAUUAAGGGAUAUCGCAUUAUCUUCUGGUUCGGCUUGUACAUCUGCUUCCUUAGAACCCUCUUAUGUUUUACAUGCAUUGGGUAAGGAUGAUGCAUUGGCUCAUUCUUCCAUCAGAUUUGGUAUUGGUAGAUUUAGUACGGAAGAGGAAGUCGACUAUGUCGUUAAAGCUGUUUCUGAUAGAGUAAAAUUCUUGAGGGAACUUUCGCCAUUAUGGGAAAUGGUUCAAGAAGGCAUUGAUUUGAACUCUAUCAAAUGGUCGGGUCAUUGA